AUGAUUUUAGAAUUAAUUUUGCUAUUUACAGGUGUGCAAUCUAUUACUUUAAAGUUCAAAGUACCACCUGGUUAAUAAUAAUGUAUCAAAGACUCUGUGUCCUAAAAUACCCUUAUUUAUGGCAAUUUUGAUACAACAUCAUCGCUUUAUACUUUUACAUUGAGUGUUAUAAAUUAAUAGGAUUAAGAGUCAGUCAUAAUAGAAUACUCAAUUGAUAUCAAUCAAUAAUUUCAUUAUGUUAUGGAGGAGUCUGGAGAAAUCUCAAUGUGUUUUGAAGCAGAUGAUUAUGCUGAUGUUAUAACAUUUAAUUUAUUUUAUGAAAGCGGUACUUAAUUGUCAUCAAUAUUAGGGGCUGAAGUUUAUGACUAAGACUUAUUAGCAAAAAAAUAGCAUGUUCUUAAUUUAAAUGAAACUUUAGAAACAAUGGAAUAAUUGUAAUAAGAUAUAUCUAGAGAGCAAUUACUAAUUGUUGAUAGAGAAAAUAAACGAAAGCAUAGUUUUACGGACAUUCAAACUAAAAUAAUUGGGUUUGCUGGUAUAACCUUUGGAUUAUUAAUUAUUGUGGCUACUUGUUAAGUUAUUUAUGUCAAAAGAUUUGUAAUAUAUAAGAAAUUAGCGUGA